GAUGCCUCAGUAGCCGUGCGUCACAUGUCUUUCUACCUUUCUCUUCAUCAUGGCGGACGGUCUCAAUUUUCAAGCGGUUCCACCACCUUCAAAUACGGCCACAGACACGAGUUCAGCUUUUGCCGACGCCUUAAAACGCGCCAAAGAGAUAGCGGCGCGAAUGGGGUCGGCAAGUACAGCGGCCAGCAGCGAAGCUGCCCCCUCGAGCGCCCCGUCCAUGCCUGAUUAUGGCGAUAUGAGUCGCAAAAGACUUCAUGACGAUGAUGAGUCUUCUCCUGCAAAGAAGUUAAUGACGGAUGGUGGUAUUGAUGGUAAAGAUCCUAAAUCAAUUGCCCUCCAAGUAGCAGCAAGCAUAGCCCAGAGAGCUGGUCUUGGGUCCAUGACCACAGAGGAAGUGAAAAUUCCCAACAAAUAUGUUGGACUGGUCAUUGGACGUGGAGGGGAACAAAUAAACAAACUACAGUCAGAGACAGGAGCUAGGAUACAAGUUGCGCCAGAUCCACCCGCUGGUAUGAUGUCACCCCCUGACAGAUCAGUAACCAUUGGAGGCACAGUACAGGCUGUGGAAAAAGCUAAACAAGUUCUGAACAAGAUAUGCGAAGAAGGAAAAAUUCCCGAUUCCUUGAUGUCUGUCCCAGUUGUUGCCCCUGGCGAGCAGGUAAUAGAGAUGAUGAUUCCUGCUAGCAAAGUUGGAUUGAUUAUCGGAAAAGGCGGUGAAACAAUCAAGAACUUACAGGAACGGGCCCAGUGCCGCAUGGUAAUGGUCCAAGAUGGACCCUAUGCUAAUGCCCCCGAGAAACCUCUCCGCAUUAUGGGCGACAACACCCGGUGCCAGCGUGGCAAGGAUCUGGUGACGGACCUCCUCACAGAGAAAGAGCUUGAGCAAAGCAAGCCUGCUCUGGACUUCUUGGGAAAAAGGCAAGACAAUAGACAACUUGGUGCUACCACUUUAGAGAUCCCUGUGCCGAGAGAUGUGGUUGGUUUUGUUAUUGGAAAGGGUGGUGAAACAAUAAAAAGAAUUCAGGCAGAGUCGGGUGCCAGAGUACAAUUUAACCCAGCAAAAGAUAAUCCCAACAGCUCGGACCGGAUGGCAACAGUACAGGGAAGCCAAGAGCAGAUCCAAAAAGUUGAAAAGAUCAUCAAUGAAAUUAUCAGCCAGGUAGAGUCGAGACAGAGGGGUGGACCCCCACCAAGAGGUCCACCAGCAAAUAUGCCAGGCAUUAACACCUUGGAAAUGCCCGUACCAGGAAACAAGUGUGGGCUCAUCAUUGGAAAAGGAGGGGAGACCAUCAAACAGAUUAUUGCUGUCUCUGGUGCCCAUGUUGAGCUAAACAGAAAUGUCCCAGAAAAUAAUCCCACAAAAUUCUUUGUUAUCAGAGGCACAGACCAACAGAUACAGCAAGCAGAAAAGAUGAUCAAUGAAAAAAUCAGUGAUCAAAGGGGUGGUCAAGGCCGUGGUCGUGGAGGUGGCGGUAACUUUAACCAGAACUGGAAUAACAACCAACAAAAUGGCAAUAAUUGGAACCAGCAACCCAACUGGCAACAACAAAACUUUAAUAACCAACAGCAACAGUUCGGAGGCCAACAGCCACCACAACAACAGCAGCAGCAGCAACAGUUCAAUCCCCAGCAGCAGUAUGGACAACAGCAAUAUGGCCAACAAGGCCAACAGGUGGCGGGGCAGGGUCAACAGCAAGACUACACGGCAGCCUGGGCAGCAUACUACCAGCAGUACUACCAGCAACAGGCAGCUGCUGCCGCCGCCGCUGCUGGAGGACAGGGGGCUCAGGCUGCAGGUGGUGGCCAGCCUGACUACAGUGCAGCGUGGAACGAGUACUUCAAGCAGCAGCAGAGUUACUACGGUUACCAGUACCCACAGGGUGCCCAACAGCCUGGAGGGCAGCCAGGACAACAGCAACAACAACAGCAGCAGCAACAGCAGCAGGAAGGGCCUCAACAGUCACCCCAGUAACUCGUCCUGUAGGUAAGUACCUCUAACGUUAUUGGGUGUUUGGCAUCACUGUAUGGCAUUUACAUGGCAAAAGGGGGUUGAAUAAUAAGUCACGAUCUUUUCGGAGCUAAUGUUUUUUUAACAGAAAACAGCUGAAAUAUGUAGGGGAUGUUUUGUAUUGUGGACCAACCGAUAGCGAGGGAUUCAAACAGUCAAAUAUAAUAAGGUCUCAGUUCCUGAAUUAUUGUGAUAUGUCAAAAGACUAAACAUUCGGUUUUGCUGGUUGCGAUGUGAAUGUGUAAAUGGGGAGGGGCGAGCCAUUAGGUUAACUAAACCAGGAUGGAACCCAGCAACAUAUAUAUCUAAUAGUCAAACCUUAAGAAGAAUGUCUGAUAACCAUUGAUAUCACGACUGUAUCUGUAUACGUGUAUCUAAAUUGUUCCUACAGUAGAUUUUGUUUUCAAAACUAGGGUUUAGAAAUCUUUACUAUGAUAUUUGUCAAGCAUUUACUCUCGAAAUUUUACAUGUAUUCUAAUUGAUGGAGUGUGUUAAUUUUCUUGAAAUGACUUGUUUGAAAUGUCAUUUUAACAUUGUUGCCUUGGUUCUCAACAGUGUGGGCAAUCCACCCAGGAACAUGCGGUGCCCGAUUUUUAGCAUCUAACCACUCUUGUCGUUUUGAUGUUUUCUUGCAUUGUUAUUUUUGUCUAUUAUUAUGCUGUUUUACUUGAUUGCCUACCAUUACGAUAUUUCAUUGAACCAUACUUGCCAUUUUACUUGUGUUGAUUUGGAGCUAUUUAUUUUUAUGCAUUUUUUGAUAAAUUAAUAAUACCAUUGCGUGAUAUUUGUGCCAAUGAUAAUUUGGUAUCAUUGAUACCCCAUGUUGCAUUUUGUGCAUUCUAAUUCCUCUCUUUCCUAUUGCUAUUUAUGACUUGUUUACACACGAACUGUUUUCACAUGUACUGUUUCUUGUUAUUGUUGUAGUUGCUAUUAUUCUAUCUUGUCUGGGGUUCUUAGUCGUGCUAUUUUAUGCCUGUUACUUGAUAUGUUUCCUCCACAGGGUUUCACCUCCAUCGCAUUGAGCUGACGAUUUGUACCUACUUUUCUCUCUUGUUUUAGAUGGAAGCCACAUGGGCAUGCACUCGUCUCAAAUGGCAUUGACCAGUUACAGACCACGACCAUUGACCUGCUUACCGCGUCACCAGACACGUAAUUCGCGGACAUCACACGAAUUUGCUUUUAUUUUUGACAAAAUGGAGUAGUUUUUAGAUAGUUCUUAGAAGCAUACGACACAGGAAAGGACAAAUAAUGUGUAUAUAUGUGUUUAAAAUUAAUGGCUCUUUGUUGACAUUAGUGCAAUUCGUCUGCCAUUGCGUCUAAGCUUCAAUCCUAUCAACAUGUCAUCUAAAAUUGAUAGCAAUCAUUGUUUUAGUUUUGAAUGUUUAAAAGUGGUUUUAUACCCAGACACCUACGUCUUUGGAGGGACAACUGUACCCAGCUCUAGUGGGGCCUCGUGCAAAAAGAUCAGGCCAAAAAUAUGGACCAGGUAGCUGCUGAGCCAUCAAAACCGCACGUCCAAGCACAGCACAGGUCUUAGUUUAAACCAUUGAUCAGUAAAUGUUGACAAUGUGUUGGCUGGCGAAACAGUACAUUGCCUUCCAGGCUUUUAGAUGAAAGUGGGAAUAAACACCCAGCUGUCUGGCGCACCGGCCCUUCAGACAGGAAUGUCGUGCUGCAGUCAAUCCAUGAUAAGCAAUCAAUUAUCCAAUCUAUAUUUGCUCAUUUGUAGUACUUUGUUAAAUGCUUUAGUUCCAGGGCUGUUUGCCGCUGAUUAAGAUAAGUACCUCGUUUUAACGGUACAUAAUGAUUCUCUUUGUAAUUGUGACUAUAAGACCACAUAGAUGCAUUCUUCCACAUUUAUAUUGCAUGAUCUUUUGUGCUGCCUAAAUGAUUCUGAUUGGUAAUAAGAUAUAGUGAUGAUAUAGAUGAAGAAUUGAUGCAUUCCUCGAUAUUUUGCUUGUGCUUCAUCCAUAUAUUUUGUGCUUGGUUUAUUCAUUCAGCUGUGUAGCUAUUUUUUUAUGAUGAACAUGAUAAUGAUUGUUAUGACAUUUUAUUAUGAUACUCGUAGAAUACAUGACCGUAUAAUUUGUUUAUACUGUAUUUUGGUUAUAUUAUUCUUGUAUGCCAUUUGCGCGUUUUUGUGGUCAAUUCUUCAGCAGUCACUCAAAGUGUAUUUUCAGCACAGCCGGGGUAAGCCUCAGACCGACUCAACUCAGAAUAAUAUUGUUUAUUUCUAUGAUCGCCAUAAAACAUUCUUCUAUUUUGAGUUUUUCAGUGCUCAAUAUCAAGCUGUGGCUUUCGAAUCGGUGGGUCACUGAUUUACCCAAGUAUUUAUUUUCGUAUUUUUAUUAUUCACUUGGCAAACAUUGUAAACUACGAACACUUUAUACAUCAUGCAUAUGUUUUAUCUGAGACUUGUUAUGGUUGCGGUUGCUGCCUAGGGCAUUUGUUUUCAGCUUUUGCCAGUUUAAGGUAUUUAGGUGUGGAGGACAGAGCUUGGAAGAUCGCGGUACAGACAGGCAAGCUAGAGUAUUAACACAACUCCAUUUCACCUAUGUGUAUUGAAAUCGAGCUCCAUGAUAUAACCGUGUCGUACUGCGCCGUAUAUGUUUACAUGACUUAUUUAUGUUAUAUUGCUUACUAUCUUGUAUGUGUUCUGUGAUUAGCUUUGAUUUUGCAUUUUUCGUGAAUGUAUACUCUUGUAGAUACCAAGGUAGCGUCGCAAUGUAAGUAUCCUAGACUUGGGAUAUGCAAAGACCGCCUUUUGCGCCAUUUGAUUUAUGUGUUUUCCGAAACUUCACAAUGCCUUGUUAUGGUUAUUGUGGAAAGUCUGUAUUGCCCAUGUAACAUAGAUGCUUUUUUGUCACACAUUUAUUGCUGUUAAUUAAAAUUCAAUGUUUAUAUA